AUGGCGAACAUCACGGAGUCAUGGGAGCUGGAAAGAGACGACGAGACCAUACAUAUGUACCGGCAUGGCGUUGAUGUCAAAGUCGUCCUUGCUCGUCCAAAGAAGGGAAACGUCCUGACCACGAAGAUGGUAAAAGACUUGACCGCUAUCUACAAGCAAGGAGCGAAAGACCAGAAAAUUUUCAGAAUAUUGUUGACAGCGGAAGGGAAGUACUUCUGCGCAGGGAUGGACCUAGGUGCAGAAGGAGGCGUGCUGGACGAUGAUCAAGAAGCAAAACAACGGCAGUGGACGCUUCUACAAAAUCUCUUCGAAGCAAUUGACACCUCUCCUAAAGUGACGAUUGCUUUGAUCAAUGGACCGGCUUUCGGAGCAGGCAUUGGUCUGGAGUUUGCUUGCGAUAUUCGAAUUGCUGCUGAGGACGCAACUUUCAACAUCAGUGAAGCCAAGGUUGGACUGACUCCUGCUGCCAUCAUGAAAUGGGUACUACGCGAAUGGGGCGUCUCAAGGGGUCGGGAGGCAAUGCUUACCGCACGUCCAGUCAAGGCAGGAGAACUUGUGAAUUCAGGGGUUAUACAUGCCGUGGUCCACGAUGCAGCUGGACAUGAUGCGGCAGUAGAAGAGUAUCUCAGGUACCUUGAUGCUUGCGGGCCAGAGGCUCUCGCCGCCAUCAAGAAGAUUACCCGGCAGCAAGAGAGUGAACGAAAUGGCCUGAUCAAAUCAACCUACGAUUCCAUGAUGAAGCCAUCCAGCGAGGCAAGACAUGGUGUCCAGUCAUUCCACGAGAGACGAGCUCCAAACUGGCAAGGAUACCAUGCAAACAGCAAAGGAAAACUUUGA